UAGAUCAAUCUAGCCAAUAUUCAAAUAAAGAUGUGUUUUAACUUUCUUACUAUCACGUCUGUCUCACUGUGGUUUUUGUGUGUGUAGGCUAUUGGGAUACAAUGUUACUUAAAAUUGUUCUGUUUACACAUAUAUUCUUUCUAUCCUCGGGACAAGAGGUAAGCCGCAAUGGUUCUUGCGUUACUUCACCUUUACCAUGUGUUCAUCUCAAUGUGGCCGAGAUACACCAUGAAUGUGGUCAGGAUUCUGACUGCCCUGCAGGUGUUAAGUGCUGCUAUAUAGGCUGUGUCCGUACGUGUCAGGCGUUUGAUCCAUGUGAAAAAGUGACAUGUACGCCUGGAUACACCUGUCUAGCUAGGGAAACACCUUGUGAAAAGAGACCAUGCCUACUUGAAGCGUCUUGUGUCAGUGAAACUCAAGUUAGGUGUCCUGCCCUCCGGUGCCCUACAGAGUUCUGCCCAGCUGGACAAGAAAGAGUUGUUGACCCUACAGGCUGUCCAACGUGUGAGUGUAAACGCAAGAAAGUCUGUCCUCAAUCGUGUUCAUUAUUCUGUGCCUACGGACUACUGACUACUGAAGACGGCUGCCCAGUGUGCAAAUGCCGAGCAGAACCAGGGAAUCCCUGUACAAACAAAGUGUGUCCUGUAGGCGAGGAGUGCAGGCUAGUGACGCCCCAGUCUUGCAAUACAGCAAUUUGUAAGCCAGAAGCAAAGUGUGUCUCUAAAUUAAGAUCAAUGUUCGACAACUCUUGUGCUCUUAAAGAUAAGACAACUCUGGGUUAUCCCGUUUUGGAAGAAGACGGAGCUAAGGAAAUAGACUGCUACCGAAAGAGAUGCCUAGACGGCACAGUUUGUACAAAGUUUGGAAAUGUCACCUACAGAUGCUGUUUGCAAUUUUCACAAGAACAAAUCUGGACGAUUUUAAAACCAGGGCAGUGCCCGCAGGAGUACAUGAUUUCUGCAGAUGACCAGUUUCAGCCCUGUGAGGUCGAUGGUCAGUGCCCAAGUGACCAAAAGUGUUGCUACAGAACGAAAAACCAAUCCGCGUUGCGAUCGUCAGGAGCUUGUAUGACCCCAGUGCAUAGCAUUUUAUCCAACAAGACAACCAUCUGUACGGGGACUACAAUAUUGAGCUCAGUACUCAGGACGAUUGGCGCUUGCUAAACAAGUUCAUUGUUCGGGUCCAAAAGUGAUUACCUUAUUUUUGAUCUACCAUAAUAUAAUAAAAGUAAAUCGUUA